UGAGAGAGGGAGUAAAAAAGGAGAGAGAGAAAGAGAGAGUUUCGAAAUUCAAAGCAUGAAACCAUGAAAGACAAAACACAUGGAAUUUGGGUAUAUCUUCCGAUCUUAGCUUCCCUUGGCUUCUCUUGUCUCCCCAUUCUCUUCUAAACAAAUCUUUCUGCAUCAAAAUGGAUAUGAAUCUUGUUUUCAUUAUACCCAUUUUGGUUUUAUGCUCUUUUACACUCCCAGUUGAUGCUUUCACCACCGACCCACCUCUAUCCUCCAUGGCUGACCCUGUUCUUCCGAGCGAGAAAAAACCUCCUUUUUCUCAAAUAUCCACCGAAAACGAAGCUCGAUCUCCAGGUGUAUCUGAAAUCAGAGUGGUGCACCAUGAAGAUUUGAACAAGAAGAUUCUUGUAGCACUCAUUGUUGCUUCAACUCUUCUUGCUGCAAUUUUGCUGUUCUUAUCAUGUUUCUGGAUCUACAGGUUAAAAAUCUCAAAAACCUCCAAUACCCAGAAAGCGCAACAAAGCCAAGAUGCUUCAAAAGGGCUAUCAUUGGGUCCAAUUUUGGAUAAAUUCAACCCUCUAAGAAUGGCUGGUAAAAAGGGAUCUGCCACUGUUAUAGAAUACGAAUGGUUAGUGUCUGCAACAAACAAUUUUCAUGAAGACAACAUCAUAGGCCAUGGUGCAUUUGGGAGUGUGUACAAAGCUUGUUUCAAUGACCAUUUCCUUGCAGCUGUUAAAAGAAUCCAUGGCGGAGGACCAGAUUCACAAAGAGCAUUUGAGAAUGAGAUCAAUUGUUUAAGCCGAAUUCAGCAUCAAAACAUUGUUAAUCUUUUGGGUUAUUGCAUACAUGAUGAGACAAGGUUUUUGGUCUACGAGAUGAUGCAUAAUGGUUCAUUAGAAUCCCAAUUGCAUGGGCCCUCUCAUGGAAGUGGUUUAAGCUGGCAGCACCGAAUGAAAAUUGCACUUGAUAUUGCAAGAGGACUAGAGUAUCUUCACGAGCGAUGUACUCCGCCUGUGAUUCAUAGAGAUUUGAAAUCGUCCAACAUUCUUCUAGGUUCCAACUACAAUGCUAAACUUUCUGAUUUUGGGCUCGCGAUUACUGGUGGGGUUCAGGGGAAGAACAACAUAAAACUUUCAGGAACAUUAGGUUACGUAGCUCCCGAAUACCUCUUAGAUGGUAAACUUACCGAUAAAAGUGAUGUGUACGCUUUUGGAGUUGUCCUUCUCGAGCUUUUAAUAGGGAGAAAACCCGUGGAGAAAAUGUCACCAUCUCAAUGCCAAUCUAUCGUCACAUGGGCAAUGCCUCAGCUAACCGACAGAUCAAAGCUUCCUAACAUCGUUGAUCCCAUGAUUAGAGAUACAAUGGACUUGAAACACUUGUAUCAAGUUGCUGCUGUGGCUGUGCUAUGUGUACAACCGGAACCAAGUUACAGGCCAUUGAUAACAGAUGUCUUGCAUUCGUUCAUCCCACUUGUACCUGUUGAGCUUGGAGGGUCAUUAAGAGUUACCGAAUCUUGAUUAAUUUGAUUCAUGUUUGUGUGUGUGUGUAUAGAUUGUUGAUGUUAGGAUGCAAGUUUAGUUAGGUGAGUUGUUAAGCUAAUCCUUGUUGGGUCCUAAAUGUUGUUAUGCAUGUAUGGGUGUACUUUAAGUACAGUGUACAUGAGAUCAACAUUUAAUGUAUCAGUAUAGCAAAACACACUUAUUUUGUGACUCUGUAGUUGGUUGUUGGUCACAUGAAUUUAAUUAGGAACUUCACAUGAAUUGAUAUGGAAAAUGUAG